CCUUACCCUUUGACCCCGUCUGCUGCGUCUGGCGGGAGAUUCCAGCAUGGCGGUGCAACCUAAACAGAAUCUGUCUAUGGAUAGUGCAGCAGAAAAUGGAUUUGUCCAUUUUUAUUAUUCCAUGCCAGAAAAGCCAGACACUACUGUGCGAGUCUUUGAUCGGAACGAAUAUUAUACUGUGCAUGGGAAAGAUGCGCUUUUUGCAGCAAAAGAAGUCUUCAAAACAAAUGGGGUUAUUAAAAAUCUUGGCUCAGGAAGCCGUAAACUGGAGAGCGUUGUUCUCAGUAAGAUGAACUUUGAGUCAUUCAUGAGGGACCUUCUGUUGGUGAGGCAGUACAGAGUGGAGGUGUACAGGAACAAGGCCAGCAGCAAGAGUGGCAAGGACCAUGACUGGCAGCUGGCAUGCAAGGCAUCUCCAGGGAACCUGACGCAGUUUGAGGAGAUCCUGUUCGGCAGCAGCUCCCCCGAAGGGGCUGCAGGGGUGGUGGGCAUUCGGCUGGGCUCAGGGGACGGGCAGCGCACGGUGGGCGUGGGAUAUGUGGACUCCACGCUGCGGAGGCUGGGAGUCCUCGAGUUCCCUGACAACGACCAGUUCUCCAACCUGGAGGCCCUGCUGGUGCAGAUCGGGCCGAAGGAGUGUGUGCUGCCCAGUGGGGAGACUCAGGGGGACAUGACCAGGCUCAGACAGGUGGUGCAGCAAGGGGGGAUGCUGGUGUCGGACAGGAAGAGAGCCGAGUUCAGCACCAAGGACAUUGUCCAGGACCUGAACCGCCUCCUGCGGACCAAGAAGGGCGAGCAGGCGUCCAGCGCCGCGCUGCCUGAGAUGGAGAAGCAGAUCGCCAUGUCAUCAGUGGCAGCUGUCAUUAAAUACCUGGAGCUCCUGUCUGAUGAGUCCAACUUCAACUCCUUUGAAAUGACAACCUUAGACUUGAGUCAGUAUAUGAGACUGGACAACGCAGCAGUGCGUGCCCUUAACCUUUUUCAGGCCUCUCCGGAUGACACCAGCGGAUCCCACUCCCUUGCUGGCUUGCUGAACAAGUGCAAGACUCCCCAGGGGCAGAGGCUUGUCAACCAGUGGAUCAAACAGCCCCUCAUGGACAAGAACAAGAUAGAGGAGAGGCUGGACCUGGUGGAGUCUUUCUUCCAUGAUGUGGAGCUGCGACAGAGCUGUCAGGAGGACCUGCUCCGCCGCUUCCCAGACCUCAACCGCCUGGCCAAGAAAUUCCAGCGCCAGACCGCCACCCUGCAGGACUGCUACCGUGUGUACCAGGCUGUGAGCCAGCUGCCCAACCUGGUGCUCGCACUGCAGAGAUACAGCGGAAAGCAUCAGAUACUUCUAAAUGCUGUUUUCAUCACUUCUCUCAAUGACCUUACCAGUGAUUUCUCCAAGUAUCAGGAGAUGAUAGAAACCACUUUGGACAUGAACCAGGUGGAGCACCACGAGUUCCUUGUGAAGCCAUCUUUUGACCCCAACCUGAGUGAGCUGAGGGAGAAGAUGGACCAGUUGGAGAGCAGCAUGCAGUCGGCUCUGAACAGUGCUGCCAGGGAGCUAGGUUUGGAUGCGGGCAAGACCGUGAAGCUGGAGUCGAAUGCGCAACUGGGGUAUUAUUUCAGAGUGACCUGCAAGGAGGAGAAAAGCCUGCGGAACAACAGGAAGUUCACGACCCUUGACGUGCAGAAGAAUGGAGUGCGUUUCACCAACAGCAAACUCAGCUCUCUGAAUGAGGAAUAUACCAGGAGCAGGGAGGAGUACGAGGAGGCCCAGAAUGCCAUUGUGAAGGAAAUCAUCAGCAUCUCCACAGGUUAUGUGGAGCCCAUCCAGAUCCUGAAUGACGUUAUUGCCCAGCUGGAUGCGGUGGUGAGCUUUGCCCAGGUGUCGAACGCAGCGCCCGUGCCCUAUGUGCGCCCUGUGAUGCUGGAGAAGGGGUCGGGGAAGCUGAGCCUGCAGGGGGCGCGUCACCCCUGCAUCGAGGCUCAGGACGACAUCGUCUUUAUUCCCAAUGACGUCAGCUUUAUCCGCGGCCAGGAAACCUUCCACAUCAUCACGGGUCCCAACAUGGGAGGCAAGUCCACAUAUAUCAGGCAGGUGGGCGUAAUCGUACUGAUGGCUCAGAUUGGCUGCUUUGUGCCGUGCGACUCGGCGGAGAUCAGCAUUGUGGACUGUGUGCUGGCACGCGUGGGCGCUGGCGACAGCACGCUGAAGGGCGUGUCUACAUUCAUGGCUGAGAUGCUGGAGACCGCUUCGAUCCUCCGGUCAGCAACAGAGGACUCCCUGAUCAUCGUUGACGAGCUGGGCCGAGGCACUUCCACGUACGAUGGCUUUGGGCUGGCCUGGGCGAUCUCGGAGUACAUCGCCACGCGCAUCAAGGCCUUCUGCUUCUUCGCCACGCACUUCCAUGAAUUGACAGCUCUUGCUGAGCAGGUCUCCACUGUCAGCAACCUGCAUGUCACGGCGCUGACCACAGACAACACGCUCACCAUGCUCUACCGUGUCAAGAAAGGCGUUUGCGAUCAGAGUUUCGGAAUCCACGUGGCAGAGCUGGCCAGCUUCCCGAAGCACGUGAUCGAGAGCGCCAAGGAGAAGGCGCUGGAGCUGGAGGAGUUCCAGCAUGUGGAAAGGUCGGACGAGGGCGGGGAGGGCCCUGCUGCCAAGAGGAGCCGCCUGGACCGACAGGAGGGUGAAAAGCUGAUUGAGGACUUUCUUUCCAAAGUCAAGGCACUGCCAGUCUCAGAUAUGUCCGAAGAAGAAAUCAAAGAAGAGCUGAAGAAAAUGAAAGCAGACAUUUUGACAAAGAACAACGGUUUUGUGAAUGUAAUUGUUGCCCGUUCUAAAAACGUGCCAUGAGAGCACUUCAGCACUUUUCUGCAUCUUUUACUUCCGCCACACACCCUGUAAAGGGCUGGAGCAGGGACGGGAUUGGUAUUCUAUGAUUCCUGUUCAGUUUUAGAACAGCUUGUUUGCUCUGGUUUAUUAUUUUGUUCAGGUUUGUCUUCAUAUCUUCAGUCUUUUAGAAGGCUAGUGAACAUUACUUAUGACCGAAUUUAUUAAAUAAAGAUCUCUAGUUUCUGGAACGUCUGUACCUCUGUCUACAUUGGUUUCAAUAAUUUCAUUUUAAUCCUUCAAAAGUUUUUUUCCUCCAUAUUUUAAUAUUGAUGGAUAAAGAUGUGUGCUUAUUAUUGAUUUGAUAUAUAAAUAAGAUGGUCUUGACGAUUAGGACCGAGAUUCAGAUACCUUGGGAAAAAAUUAUCAUUUUCAAUAAAUGUACCAGUCACAUUUCUGAGGACUACGUUUUGGAUUGAUGUAAUGGAAUCAUAUAAUUUUUUUAAUACAUUCUAAAUUUAUUUGGUCACUUGCCUCAUGACCUGGAUUUGAACAACUAAAAUGCUGAACUGAUUUUGAACCCUUGAUGCCCUCUUGAGACAAGAGAGAGUGAAAAUAUAUUGUAUACUGUCUUGACUGUUGUUAAUUAGAGUUGAGAAUGAUCUAUGGGCAGCUUUUAUAGCCUAGAUGUCAGGUUCAAAAUCUUGCAGAAAAUUAAAAUAUUUUUUUCACCCA